AUGUUCAACAUUUUUUUGGAUGUACCCACAGAUUUUCCCAGUGGAUGUUCGACGCAUUGCUACAAGAUUAUUGAUGGUUCUUGUAGCGAAUCAGGGUUAAAAUCAAUAUUUUUAGAACAACUGUCCAAUCAUGGGCUUGGAAUUUUAGCUUCCACGGAAAAUGACGAUUUGCAAAAACUCGCGGGAAUAGCAGACAAAAUUGUCGAUGCGUCAGAGCCGAAUAAAUCAUUGGAUAAAAAGAUUGAUCGAUUGGCUUCUAAAAUUGAGCUUUUGAGUUCGGGAAAAUAUCGUUCGCCUUUAACUUCUCGUUCCAAUUUUAAAGUUAACGAAACGCGUUCUCAUUCAAGUUCCAAUUCUAGAGUCAACGAGAAUAUAGGCAAAAUAAAUCGGAUUUGUGCUGGAAGCAUAAACAGUAUGACGAUAAAGCAAAUUCAUGCAAAAAGCUAUGUUCUUGGCAGAGUUACACAUUUUCAGAAAACUAGUUGGAACCGACAUUGGGGAGUUGAAUGUUCGGGUUCCUAUUAUUCCGAAAAAAAAUUCUUGAUUGACACUAGUGCAGACAUCUUACUUCUGCCCUCUGUCAAAAAUUCGGAGAAGCGUCCAAAGAGUUUUAAACUGUUUUCAACCAGCAACUCUGAUAUUGAUACUUUUGGAGGAACCAUCCUUUCCCUCGAUUUAGGGUUCCGUCGUCCAAUUGUCUGGAAUUUUUGUAUUGCUGCUGUUCCCUAUCCUAUAAUAGGAGCUAAUCUGCUUGAUGAUUAUCGUCUUCUUGUAGAUAGUCACGAGAAAAGAAUAAUAAACCCGUUAACUAACAUUAGCUCUUACGGGAAUAUUGUUGAUGUCGAUCAAUCUAUGAUUUGCGCUUUUCUGUUAAUUUCGCGAUUUUCACAGAUCCUAUCAGAAUGCAGAAAGCUAACCGGACUUGAACGAUAUAUCCCUUUAGAUUCCAGAAAGGUUUUUUAUCAUAUCGUCACUAACGGGAUGCCUGUCUCAGAACGCCCUCGACGUUUUCCUCCUGAAAAGCUCAAGGCUGCCAAAGCAGAAUUCAAAAAGCUUUGUGAAAUCGGAGCAUGCAGACCCUCGGAGAGUCCAUGGGCAACUCCCAUACAGUUGGCUAGCAGAAAGGAAGGGGACUGGAGAGUUUGCGGUGACUAUCGUCGCCUUAAAGCAAUAACUACUCCGCACAUAAACCCGGUUCCACAUAUGCACGAUUUUUCAGCUAAUUUAUACGGAAAGAAGAUUUUUUCCUCUAUUGAUUUAAAAAGGGCUGUUCGGCAAAUUCGUCUCACUCCGGAAGACAUCCCAAAAACAGCGGUGAUUACGCCGUUCGGAUUGUAUGAAUUUACACGCAUGACGGUUGGUCUGCGAAAUGCAGCCCAAUGUUUUCAACGUUAUGUAGACAGUUUUUUGUCAGAUAUUGGCUAUGAUUUCAUCCUUAUAGAUGAUAACGUCAUCGCAUCCUCAUCACCGGAGGAGCAUGAGAACCACCUGUGCGUAGUCUUCGAGAGACUUAAAAAAGCUGGCCUUCGAAUCAAUCCAUCUAAAUGCACUUUCGGCGUUUCAGAAUUGACUUUCCUCGGACACAUCAUUUUGGGUGACGGCAUUAAACCAACACUCAAGAAGGUAAGGGCUAUCGUCGAUUUUCCUAAGCCUAAAACAGUGGUUGAUUUGCGCAGGUUCCUGGUGAUGAUAUAG